AUGCUCCAUGCUCCUGCCUCCCGCUGUUGGAUUUCGUGCUCACGAAAAGUAGCUGUGGAACUUGAUUCUGCAGCAAAGGUACCAAUUAAGGUGGUGGUUUUUGUGAUGAAGCCUCAAGUGUUUAAGAUAGAAGUGCUAAUGAAUGGAAGAAAACAUUUUGUUGAAAAAAGGUACAGCGAAUUUCAUGCCUUGCACAAAAAGGUGUUUAAGAUAGAAGUGCUAAUGAAUGGAAGAAAACAUUUUGUUGAAAAAAGGUACAGCGAAUUUCAUGCCUUGCACAAAAAGCUUAAAAAAUGUAUAAAAACUCCAGAAAUCCCUUCUAAACAUGUUAGAAACUGGGUCCCAAAAGUCUUGGAACAACGACGACAAGGUUUAGAAACAUAUUUACAGUCUGUCAUUUUGGAAAAUGAAGAACUUCCCAAACUGUUUCUUGAUUUCCUCAAUGUGCGACACUUGCCCUCUCUACCAAAGGCAGAAAGUUGUGGAUCUUUUGAUGAGACAGAAUCUGAAGAGUCAAGCAAACUGUCCCACCAGCCAGUGCUGCUGUUCCUCAGGGAUCCAUACAUCUUGCCUGCAGCCAGCGAUUUUCCAAAUGUUGUUAUUGAAGGAGUUCUCCAUGGGAUAUUUUACCCUCAUCUACAGCCCAGGUAGAAAUCCUACGUGGCUAAAGGAAGCUGAAGCACGUUUCAAAGUCGUAGGAAAUCAAUAUCUACCAAAUUAACCUAAACUCUAUGACAUAACAGCUGUAGCUAGUGGUAAAAUUCACCAUCCUAGCUUAAUUCGGGGCAGGGAUCUUUCUAUUAGAAUGGUGCUUUUAAAAAUAGAAACUGAAUCAGGGUCGUGGUCAGGUUAAGGCCAAGUGUUUUAAGAAAUAGAAUGCAGCUGCCAACUUCGAAACCCAUGAAAGGAUGGCUACAGUGGAUUCCUAGAAGCACUGAGUGUAACAGAACAAAGUUACUCUCUGCUUCAGACGCACCAUUUGCUAAUUGAAAAUCAUAUCCUGAAUCAAACUGAGACUGAUCGACUUUGAUAGCUUUUUUCUUCAAAUCUUAUAAUACACUACUCGUCUCCAUGAGAUUUUCUCAGCCAGUGAUGGUACCUUUUGAAGUGCUGGCACCAGGAGAGUGUCACAGAAAUCCACCAUGCUAAAUGUGAGGAAGGACCUAAACUGGAAAUUAAAUUAUACUGACAAUGGGAUGGCAUUUUAAUUUACAUUACAGUGGAGUCGCAUCAUAUCCAAGGGUUAGCUUCUAACAUCAGCAGAUAAGAUAGAAUGGGAUAUUAGGAUAAUCCUUGAAAGCCCUUUAUAAAGGCACAAUAUUGGAAAUCUCUACAUCAACCACAACCAGUUUUUCCUCCAGUGUGGGAAGAAAUGAGUGUUUCUUCAUUUGACAAGCAAAUUAAGUUGCUGGUGUGUGUUUGGGGGCCAUUUUGUAUAAAAAGCACAUAUAGGUAAACACUAGAAACACACGUAGCCCUGUGAGACACUUGCCCUCUAAGAGGCAGAUGUGAAUUGACAAUGACUAAAGGAGCUGCAGAUGGACGACGCCCUUUGGGUUUGCGUAAAAGCGUGCAUGCAUUGAAUAGGUGGUAUUGCUGCAGGAUUUCAUGUCACUGUCCUUAUGGGUUCCUUUUCACUGACCUCAUUACUGAGUUAAUGUAAGUUAGAUGUGUGUAUGAUAUAACUCCACUGUAUAUCAUAUAGACAGUCAUAUUUUGAGUAGUAAAGUAUAAAAGCAUAUAUGCUACCUGUACAUAUAUGCUGUAUGUGGACAUUUCAUUGAAAACUAAUUAAAAGCUAGCCUAUUUAUGGUUAUUAGUUUUAAUAAGAUUCUGUGUGGAAGAAAAAUAUUUAAAAUCCCAACUAAUAACUAUAUCAUGGUUUUUGAUUAGGAUCUAAAUAUGCAGGGUUGAAGCCUGCUGCAAACUUUUAAAGAUAUGUUUUAGGAUAGAUUAUGUUACUACAUGUUAGAAACAAGCAAGAACUAAAUAAUCAAGUGUCAUAACCAAAAUUAACGGAAUAAGCAAGUAUUGGAGUUAUUUUUUAAAUGUUUUUGUGUUAUUAGCUAUUUUGAGUUAAAUAAAAACAAAGAACAAGAAAUA